AUGUUUAUAGACGAGAAUGAGACACCGGAGUCAUGGUGGGUCUCAGCUGUUCUACAGACGAUCCGCGCGGUAGUCCUCGUUUACGAUAUACUAUCCUUCCCAUUACAUCUAGUUCUCCAGAGGCCAUGGAGGAAACGUGCUAUGUCACGUAGAAUUAAGGCCCGAAUCGUAGAGUCAACUCAAGACAGUGUUACCGUUCGGUCAGUUGCCACAUCGUGUGAUCUACACUUGAGGCUGGUUAGAGACAAUGUUACCACCAUGGAGAGCAUGCUGCGAGCGGCCGCUGCCAGGUGGCAAGACAGAGAUUGUCUUGGCACGAGGACUGUGCUCAGCGAAGAGGACGAACCACAGCCGAAUGGACGCGUCUUUAAAAAGUACAACAUGGGCGACUACGUCUGGCGGUCUCACAGCGAUGUGGAAAGAGAAGCAGGUUGGUUUGCGGCUGGAUUACGGGACCUGGGAUGUCAACCCAAACGGAAUAUUGCCAUGUUUGCGGAGACCCGCGCUGAGUGGAUGAUAGCUGCUCAUGGCUGUUUUAAGCAGAGCAUACCUGUGGUGACAAUUUACGCAACCCUUGGUGACGAAGCUAUUGCUCACGGCAUCAACGAAACCGAAGUUUCCACCGUCAUUACAACCCACGACCUUUUGCCGAAGUUCAAGAAGAUUCUAGCCAAGACUCCCAAAGUGGACACCAUUAUUUUUAUGGAAGACCAGCUGAAGACAACGGAUAGAGAAGGGUUUAAGACUGGUAUCAAGAUUAUUGCGUAUAAGGAAGUGAUUGAAAAAGGAAAACAGGCGAAAAUUGAAUUCAUCGCCCCCUCCCCGUCUGACACCGCCAUCGUCAUGUACACAUCUGGAUCAACUGGCGUGCCAAAAGGCGUGGUUCUUUCUCAUCGUAACAUGGUCGCCACACUCAAGUCAUUCGCGGAUGGAGUGCCAAUCUUUGAUGGUGACAUGCUCAUGGGCUUCUUACCUCUUGCGCAUGUGUUCGAGUUAUUGGCUGAAAGUCUUUGCGUUAUAGCAGGUGUACCAAUCGGAUAUUCGUCACCCCUCACUAUGUUGGACUCAUCAAGCAAAAUCAUGAAAGGCACAAAAGGAGACGCCACAAUCUUACAACCAACUUGCAUCACAACUGUACCUUUAAUAAUGGACCGUAUCAGCAAAGGAAUAACGGACAAAGUCUCGCGAAGCGGGGAAUUCGCCAACGCUUUCUUCAAGUGGGCCUAUUCGUACAAGCAAGGGUGGAUGAAGCGUGGAUACGACACGCCCUUACUUAACAAAGUGGUCUUCAAGAAAAUAAGUCAACUGCUUGGUGGAAAAGUUCGUCUGAUGAUAGGUGGUGGGGCUCCGCUUGCACCGGACACGCACACGCAAGUUCGGUUAUGUCUCUGCUGCGAUGUGAUCGCCGGGUACGGACUCACGGAGACGACGUCUUCCGCUACCAUCAUGGAUAUGCAGGACAGAUCAACUGGUCGUGUCGGUGGUCCCACCACUGGUACAGAUAUUAAGCUAGUCAACUGGGAGGAAGGAAACUACCGAGUCGGAAACAAGCCAUUCCCUCAAGGCGAAAUAGUCAUCGGCGGUGACAGUGUAGCGGAAGGCUACUACAGAAACCCCGAGAAGAGUCGCGAGGAGUUCAUAGAUGUUGGUGGGAAACGUUGGUUCCGAUCUGGAGACAUUGGAGAAUUGCACCAUGACGGCUGUAUCAAAAUCAUAGACCGUAAAAAGGAUUUAGUGAAGCUACAAGCAGGCGAGUACGUGUCACUGGGCAAAGUGGAAGCUGAACUUAAGACCUGCCCGAUAGUUGAGAACAUCUGUGUCUACGGUGACAGCUCAAAAAUGUACACCGUUGCGUUGCUCGUCCCUAAUCCGAGGCACUUGGCGGAACUAGCGGCGAGGAUCGGCCUGCCAGAGAUGGACUUUGAUCAGCUUUGUCAAAACAAUGAGGUGGAGAAGGCCGUUGUUAAGGAGCUGGCUGAUCACGCGAGGAAAUGCGGCUUAGAGAAAUUCGAAGUGCCGGCAGCAGUGAAACUUUGCACAGAGGUUUGGUCGCCUGAUAUGGGAUUGGUGACAGCCGCGUUCAAAAUCAAGCGAAAAGACAUCCAGGAACGCUACAAGGAAGACAUUAAACGCAUGUAUGCUUCAUGA